UGCAGCGCCUAGCCCGACGCAAAUUCAUCAUCAUCCCAAGAAGAAGAAGAAGAAGAAGCGUAUGACCCAACAACGGACCCGGAAGUGCAUCCCCAAUCGUAAACACAGCAGUGAGCAGUGUUUCUGAAAGAUGGUGUACGUGUCCAACGGUCAGGUCCUGGACAGCAGGAGCCAGUCACCAUGGCGACUGUCCUUACUGAUUGAUCUGUUCUGGGGGGCGGUUGAGUUUAUCGGCCUGUUUUUUAAGACAAUGAUUAACCCUGACAUGGCAAAGGAUGGAAACUCUGCUUCGUCACGCUUCACUGAUGGCAGAGGUCCUCCAGGUCCCCCUGGUGGCAGAAGACGGAUGGGAAGAAUAUCCCACGGUGCUGGACCCAACGCUCCACCAAUGGGUGGAGGAGGAUGAGGAAGGUGA